UCCCACAAUGUGGAAACAGUGGGAUUAAUGUAAUUUUACAAUUCUCUGUAUCCAUGUUUACAAUCUUUGAGGGUAUAUAAGCUAAAUUUCAGUGCAAUUUUAUUCACUGUGCUAAAAUGGGGAAACAGGUCAUCAUUGUAAUUUUUAUGUUAAGCGUGUGCGCGUGGCAGGCGCAUGCUCUUGCGAACUGCACAGCCACCGGGAAUGGUCGGCACCCUGACCCGGCCGACAGCACAUGCAAGAACUACACGCUCUGCACCUACAUCAGCUCCAACAACACCUAUGCCGCCUACACCUACGUCUGUCCCACUACCUCCCUCUUCGACCCCACUGUCUCCCUAUGCACGACCACUUACACCUGCCCAGCAAAUACCACAAACACAACUACAUCAGUUUGCACCGAUGACGGCUAUAUCCCAGACCCUAAUGCUUCAAACUGCAGCUCCUACAUUGAAUGUGUAAACAUCAAUGGAACCUUCAUCGAAACACCAUUAUCUUGUCCACCCUCAACAUUCUACAAUCCAAAUUCGACAUUUUGUGAGGCUACUUACAAUUGCACUAUAAGUACUCCUUUCUCGUGCACAACAGUCGGAAGAUUUGCUGAUACUACCGAUACAACUUGUCAGAAUUAUUUCUACUGUGUCCUCUUGGCUGAUGGAACGUUUACACAGUACAAUUACACUUGUCCGUCAACUUCUUUGUUUAAUCCGAAUUCGAGGGUGUGUACUGCAUCUUACACCUGCACUAAUUGACACUACUCGUUGGAGAUGUCCUUCGAAUGAAAAUUUCCAGAGUUGCUGAUGAUUGUAUUGACAAUUUCAAGAGAAUAUUGUUGUAUAUCGUCAGUCAUUAUGAGAAAUGAUAAUUGUAAAGCACUUGUUAAGUUGAUUUAUGUGCUAUUGUGCAUUUUUUAUUUUAAUUUGUUUUUGUUAAACUAAUUUGGUAAUAUAUUAUUUUGUUAAAAUUAUACAA